GCUGUAAUCUGCUCAUCCAGCUUGUCACAGCUCCGUUUACAGCAGGCCUAAUGGGAGUAACUGAUCAAAGGAACAUGCCCGCACAUUAUGCAACUAUGGGACUGAAUGGUGAUGCAGCUAUGUGACGGAGAGCGGACACGGCCUAAUGCUCUCUGGAAUGUUUGUGGAUAUGCGUGGAGCUUUUUGCUCGCAGUUUUUCACUUGAAGACAAUUCAUAUGGCAUGUAGAUUAUAGAGAAAGUUGUGGAUUAUGUCAUUUGAUACAAUAAGCCCUGGAGAUGCCUUCAAACUGGGCGUUUUAGGAAGUGUGGAGAAGAGGUCCUUGGAUGCUCCACGGCGCCCCGUACUCGGCCGGGCAGUGCUUCCAAAUGGCCGGGAGUUGACCCCGCCCGCCAGGAUGACGCUGCGCAAGCAGCUGAGAGAGAAGAUCUCGGCGGCCUUCUACCGCCACGGGCUGCUGUGUGCCUCCUACCCAGUACCCAUCAUCCUCUUCACCUCUGCCAGCAUCCUCACCUGCUGCUAUCCGUUAUUGAGGCUUCCCCUGCCUGGGACGGGUCCUGUGGAGUUCACCACAGGGGUGCGAGACUACAGCGUCCCUUCCCAUGAGCCCCAGGGAGACCUCGGAGAACGGCCCGACUGGUACCGGGGUCCUCCAGUCGCCUACAUCCAGCAGGUGUUGGUGAAGGCGGCGGUGUCUCCGUGGGACAGCAGCCUGGUGCCGGUGGACGUGUUUCGGUCGCCACUUGGUCGAGUCUUUAGCUUGCUGGAGGAGAUCCGCAACCAUGUCCACUCCGACAGCUCUGGAAUCCGCAGUCUGGAGUCUCUGUGUCUCCAGGUGACGGACCUGUUCCCGGGGUUAAGGCGGAUGCAGUCUGUGCUGCCGGAGCACGGCUGCCUGCUCGUUUCCCCCGGCAACUACUGGCAGAACCAGCGGGAGCUGUUCGACUCAGACGCCGACCUCCUCAAGACCAUCCAGAAACAUGAACCGAAAGGCCUGCACACCUCGGCCACGCUAAGAGACCUGCUGUUUGGCGUCCCGGGGAAGUACACCGGGGUCAGUCACUACAACAGGAAGAGAGUGGUGACGUACACAAUCACCGUGGUGCUGUCCAGCUACGACGCAAGGUUUCUGGGCAGCCUGCGGGCCCGCCUGAAGCAGCUCCACCCGUCAGCCAACUGCAGCCUGAGAGAAGACCACAUGGUCCACGUCCACUUCAAAGAAGAGAUCGGCAUCGCUGAGCUCAUCCCCCUCGUCACCACAUACAUCAUCCUCUUUGCCUACAUCUACUUCUCCACCCGUAAGAUCGACAUGGUGAAGUCAAAGUGGGGUCUGGCUCUGGCUGCCGUGGUCACAGUCCUCAGCUCUCUUCUCAUGUCUGUGGGACUGUGUACUCUGUUUGGACUGACGCCCACGCUCAAUGGAGGGGAGAUUUUUCCUUACCUGGUGGUGGUGAUCGGUCUGGAGAACGUCCUGGUCCUCACCAAGUCCGUGGUGUCCACCCCUGUUGACCUUGAGGUCAAACUGCGCAUCGCUCAAGGCCUGAGUAAUGAGAGCUGGUCUAUCAUGAAGAACAUGGCAACUGAGCUGUGCAUCAUCCUCAUCGGAUAUUUCACGCUGGUGCCGGCUAUCCAGGAGUUCUGUCUGUUUGCUGUGGUGGGGUUGGUCUCUGACUUCUUCCUGCAGAUGUUCUUCUUCACCACAGUGCUAUCUAUAGACAUCAGACGCAUGGAGCUGGCUGACUUGAACCGCCGUCUGCCAGCAGAGGCAGGACUGCCGCCGCCCAAGCCCGGCCCGCUGCGUCCACGUGAGGUGCCCCCUCCACCUCGACCCUCCCCCCACACCAUCACCCUGCAGACCCCGGCUUUCAGGAACCUGCGGCUCCCCAAGAGGCUGCGCGUGGUGUACUUCCUGGCACGCACACGCCUGGCUCAGCGCAUCAUCAUGGUUGGCACGGUGAUCUGGAUCGGCAUCCUCGUCUACACCGACCCCGCUGGAAUACGCACCUACCUGGCUGCUCAGGUGUCCGAGCAAAGCCCUCUGGGAGAUCCUGGGGGAGCCGGUCUGCCCCCUCACCUGGGUGUGGCCCCCGUCUUUCGUGGAGGAGACCCUACCAGCACCCUCAGCAUCCACCCCGCACCCGAUCCAACUCCCUUACCUGAGAACCAAUCACAGGGCCACCAUGGCCCAGCCAGGGCAGGGCUCCUCCCCCAAGCCCCACCUGCCGUGCCCCAGAUCACCUGGGGAGCAGAGGACGAGGAGGGUUGGAGGAGGCUCUCCUUCAGGCACUGGCCGUCUCUCUUCAGCUACUACAACAUCACUUUAGCGAAGAGGUACAUCAGCAUCCUGCCUGUCAUUCCCGUCACCGUACACCUCAGCCCCCAGGAGGCUAUUGAGACACGACACCCUCAGGACACGCGACACCCUCCUCCACCUAUUCCCAAAGUGUCUGCAGAUCUACAGACGGACCUCACCCUCUACAAGGUGGCGGCUCUGGGUCUGGCGGCGGGCGUCCUGCUGGUUCUGCUGCUCUUCUGUCUCUAUCGGGUUCUCUGCCCACGGAACUACGGCCAGAACGGCGUUUCUCAUGGUCGCAGACGCCGAGGCGACCUGCCCUGCGACGAUUACGGCUACUCCCCACCCGUCAGCGAGAUCUCCCCUCUGCUGCUGAGGGGCCACAGCAUGGAUAUCGAGUGUUUGGCUAGUGACGGGAUGCUGCUGGCCAGCUGUUGUCUGGCUGGACAGAUUCGGGUUUGGGAUGCUCAGACCGGAGACUGUUUGACCGUCAUCCCGAAGCCGGGGCUGAGGCGGAGCAGCAGCAGCAGUGGCUGCUGGGAGCAGCGUGACGGCUGGGACGGUGUGGGCGGAGCCACAGAGCCGGAGUGUUUGUGCUCUGAAGCUCACGGCUCCUACGUCGGCAUUGACGGCCUGUCGGAGGAGGAGGAGGGCUACCCACUGAGACGCCGAACUGCGCCCAUCAGACCCACUCUGUUCAACGACCAGCCCGACCUCACCCCGCUCAUCGACACCAACUUCACCUCCCAGCCCCCCUCCCACCUCCUCUCCACCCCACCCAGGGCGGGCUUCGACUUUGGCGGUCUGGUGGAGCGGGCCUACAUGGAGCACGAGCCCCCCUCGCCCUCAGCCUACACGUCUCCUUCCUCCGCCUCCUCCUCCCCGCCCACAGGGGCUCAGCUGCAGAGGAGGCCCAGCUUAGGGGACAUCGCGGCGGCCUUACCCCCAGAGAGAGCCCCCUCCUCAGGGCCGCAGGCAGACUGGGAGAGCUCCGUGUGGGCCAUGGAGCUGAGAGGAAACCUGAUCGCUGCCGGGAGGAGCAGCGGGAAACUCGAGUUGUGGGACGCCGUCGAAGGAUCGUUACGCUGCAGUAAUGAAGACGGAGUCUCCGGGAUCACGGCCCUGGCCUUCCUCAACAACAGAAUCGUAGCGGCCCGCCUGAACGGCUCUCUGGAUUUCUUCACCGUGGAGAUAAACAAACCUCUGUGUCUGCUGCAGUACAGAGGUGCUCCUCUGCGAGGCAGCGUGCCUCCCUCUCCCUGUUACAGCAGCGAGGACGUGAUCAGCUGCCAGCUCACGCGCUCCGUUCAGUGCGCCCACCACAAGCCGAUCACGGUGCUGCGCGCCGCCGGGAGGGUCGUCACCGGCAGCCAGGACCACACCGUCCGGAUUUAUCGUCUGGAGGACUCGUGUUGUCUCUUCACCCUGCAGGGUCACUCUGGAGGGAUCACAGCCAUAUACAUCGACCAGACAAUGGUUCUGGCGAGUGGAGGGCAGGACGGCGCCAUCUGCCUGUGGGAUGUCCUCACAGGGAGCCGUGUCAGCCAUGUUUACGGUCACCGCGGCGACGUCACCUCACUGGUCUGCACCACCUCCUGCGUCAUCAGCUCGGGACUGGACGACCUCAUCUGUAUCUGGGACCGCAGCACAGGGAUCAAACUCUACUCCAUACAGCAGGAAGCGGGCUGCGGCGCCAGUCUGGGCGUGAUCUCCGAGUCUCUCCUGGUGACGGGGGGUCAGGGCUGCGUCUCCUUCUGGGACCUGAACUUCGGCGAUCUGCUGCAGAGUUACCUGGGUCAGAGCAGCGACGGGCAGGGCGUCCGGCAGCUCCUCGUGCUCGACAACGCCGCCAUCGUCUGCGACUUCGGCAGCGAGCUCAGCCUGGUGUACGUGCCGUCAGUGCUGGAGAAACUAGACUGAGACGGGCGCCACUGGAGCGCUCUGAACUUCCUCUUUCCUCUUUUGACUUGAUUUUGUUUUCUGGCAUUCAACGGAAACACAAGCGUCUUUCAAGGUGUUUGGAGUACGAGCGUGGACGCACGUCGCAGAAGACGAGCCGAGGACUACCUGCUACAUUUAUCGGAUGGAGAUGGCCGCCGCAAAUGACAAUUAAGAGGGUCAAUUAUUCCAAGAUAAUCUGGAUGUUUCUCGCUGACAGAGGAUCCAGCAGUCACCAGUUUGUGCUUUUUGCUUGUGUGUGCGUUCUGUCUCGUGGCGCUGCCCUCUAUGCUGCUGACACGGGCGGGGCUUCACUGUGACCCCCGCCCGCCCUGAGAGGAAGAUAAAAAUGUCUCUUUUUUAAUUUUUUUUUUAAAAUAUUCCUGCUGCCUCUUACGCUCGAUGGUGUGUCGGGACUAGCUGCGCAGUUUUGUGUGUGAAUGAAUCGAGGCGCUCUUUUUUUUUUAAUGGCGAAACCCUGCUGAGAACAAAACAACCUGCGUGGUUACAUGUGAAGCGUGUGAGUGUGAGACCAGAUGAUUACUGUACGAUGUAAACCUCCGGAGGGGGCUGUGUUUUUUUUUACAUGUAUAAAUCUAUUAUUUAUUAGCGAUACAUUUUUUUGGAAUAACGGUUUGUUUAUGAAUUUCUAAUCCCGCCUCUUAAAUACGACAUGAUGAUUUCAUUGGACGGUGGUGAUGACAGGUCGGGGUUAUAAAAUGACCUUUUUUGUUUUACUGAACUGGAAAUGUUGAAGUGUUUGUUGUUGUGGAGUCGGGGGCCCUCAGGCCUCUGGUUCUGGGGUUACUGAUGCUGUACGAGGGGCCCCUGCAGCCCCCCCCCCCUUAUGAUCCACCAUCAUCCUGACGUCAUGUUUACAAUGACUGCUUUUUGUUUUCACACAUAUCGUGCCCUUUAGAGAUUCUUUUGUUGAAAUCACUGUUUACUGAAGAUGUCUCGGCUUCACACUGUUUUCAUUGUUUAGGCCACAAAGAAAACCCGCUACGAUCACGCAGUGGCGCUCGCAGUUCACCUCUGCUCAGCGGCGUGCUGUCGGUGUACACUUCACGGAAGUUGGUCUGAAAACCUGCAGAACUUUUCCUGCAGCAAGUCAUUUAAAAAAAAAAAAAAAAAAAGAGAGAGAGACAGGGAACGCAAGAAAAGAAUCACCUACGUUUAGAUCUCUGCUCGUACACGCUAAGAAACACGCACAUGGAUCACGCUCAUGCACUGUGUCACAUGCACUGAGAGACGUUGACGUGCUUUUUCAUUCGAGUCCAACACAAACUGCUGUAAGACAUUCAAUCUACAAUCAAUUCCAGAUAAAUAGGACUUACUCAGUCGAUGCAGUCGCCGUGGCAACGGUCCAGGAAUGCCCAGAGGUUCGUGAUCUGUGCUCGCUGAUUUGUGGUUUGUGGGGAUGGUUUCAUAAACUGUGGGAACAGAUCUGUAAAAAAAACACAAUGUCUGUAGAAUGGAUUGUUUCUACGGCAACAGCAUCCACAACGCAAGUCCAAUCGAUCCGACACUAAGGUUAGAUUUAAUGCGAUCCAAGUCCAAAGCAAUCAUGCAAUAUAGCAUUAAGUCCAGCCUUUAAAUCCAGAUCAUGUUGACUUAUUGGGCGGAUACGGUUGCCAUGGAAAUGGACCAUCCUUUUUUAUCUCAGAAGUAAUGAAGAACUUACAAAUCAGCAGGCACAGAUGAUGAACUCAGGGCGACGGUUUGUAAACUGAGGGUUCCGAUUAAAGAUACAGAAGGCUCCGUUUUGUUUACUCAGACACGUUUAGCAGAAUUCUCGCUGACUGACGGGUUCUUCACAGCUGGUUAAAUUACCGUAAAACUUCAAAUAGAAGCUCAUCUUAAUUUAAGGCCCGGUCAUUUUAACUAGCCUGGUGCUGCUGCACGUUUUGACAAAUAAAGGCAGCUCUAUUCAAGGCUCCUGUUUAUGCAUUCAGUGUUGAUUAGAUUUUGCAUCUUAAAUAUAUAAACAAGACGUCUCGCUCUCCCUCACAGAGCAGCCGGUUGGUAUGGAUGAGCUGUCUUAGGCUUCAUGUCCACCUGGCGUUUUUUCCAGGCAGAAAAGCAAAAGCGCUAGCACAAAGCAUUUGUGCACUGAGAAAAAAGUGCUGCACAUAUGUCCUCCAUAGAGACUGGACAGACGUGCAGCACUUUAUUUCUCAGCGCACAAACACUUCCUGUAAGUGCUCUGCCAGCGCUUUUCUGCCCAGAAAAACGCCAGCUAGACUCGGGGCCUUAAAUCCAAAUAAAGCGAGGGUCAUUUUAUGCACUGAAGUCAAAGCGAGGGCUACCAAUAGAGUUUUACGGUAAUCAGAAAGUGUAGCUAAUCUCACCCACUCAGUCAGUUUAUUAACCAGUUAGAGAUAAUGUAAAAAUGAUUAAUUACAGUAAAUUAACGUAAAAAAUAGAAAAUAAAUGAAAAGUAAAAUAGAAGAAAUGCCUGAACGUCGGCCAUUCACUUCAUACACCAGCUGGAAGAAUUAAGUCCUGCAGGUUUAAGACUCACACCAACAUCAUGCAGAAUGUAUUUCCUCCAGCGUCUACUGAAGCUUUCACCUGAAUGUAGUCCCCAAAGGUGUGACCAACAAAUCUGUGAAAAAAAAAAAAAAAAAACUACAACAGUAUCGCAUGGCAACACUAAUUCAAUGCACUACUAACCCUCUCUGACGCACAGCUCGUGCACGUGAGGCACUUUUUUUUUUUUUUUUUUUACAAACAUCUGCUCGCUCACAGGACAUUAUGGACGUGAUGUCUGCAGACUUGCAAACUAAUUUCACCCCUGCAGGCAGCGCUAGUAAACACGCACACUGCAGACUUGUCGAGGUUGAAGGUCACCCAGUCUGGUUCAACGGGACGCAGAGACAAACAAGUUCCUGAUGUGCACAAAACAAACAGCUGAAGAUCAGAUGUAACCUGAAGAGACGCGUAAACAAACACUGUCGAUGCAUCCCAUAGGAACCAGACUGGUGGUCGCCUUGGCAACAUAACCUGUUAAUUUAUUAGCUUUGUGUUUUUUUGUUGUUAACGGUAGUUUAACGUUUUAGAAAUGGGGAAAUGUGUAGUUUUUAGAUUGUUUUUUUUACUUCUGUUUUCUAGAAAAGGUGGACAUUUUGGGAAAUAUGCUUAAAGCGUUUUAAACUUCAUGGUGGAGAGUUCUAAUGAGAGGAUUGAUAUCACCCUGUUUGGUUUGAGACAAGCUAACAGGGGUGACGAGCUAAACGAGAGAGAGUAGCUACCCUGGCUUUGUACAACGGUGGCAAAAAACGACCACCAGCAGCUGUUAAGGUCAUGAGUGUUGACGACAAUCUGCUCAAAUGUAACAAACAAGACGAUCCAGAAAGGUUGUUGAAAUGUUUGAGUUUUCCACCUCGUGUUUUAAAUCGAUCGAUCAACCUCUGCAAGUUCAGCGAUUUAAAAAAUAAAAACAGUAUCGCAAAAUCAGAGAGAGGACUAUCUGAAAUUGUACAACUGUUAAGUUCACGUCUCACAGCUUGUUCAAUUGCAAACCUGCAAACAAACUACACAGUAAGGUUGUCAAAGUGUUUAACUCCAUACCUCGUGUUUUAAAUCGAUCGAUCAACCUCAGGUUACUUCAGCAUCAACAGACUCGUAGACGACCAAAGCUUUAGAGAAAGUGCCGGCCUUCAGUCAUAUUUUUAUCCCAAGCUGCUGCAGAAGAAAGAGAGAUUGCUUUAGCUAAAAUUGUAGAAAUAAGUCCGCAACUGAUUUGUGUAACUUGGACAGUGCGCAGGAGUUUGUCUAAAACAAGUACAAACUAAUGAAAAAUCAAAAACGAACCUUAUAAUCUUGGUCUGUGGUGACAGCCCCAUCUAGUGGCGACUGGCUGCAUUGCAGUGUGAGCGCAACAAUUGAGCGGCAUCGAGGGGCCAAAGUCGUUUAAACAGAGCGGUAAUUCUGGUGCCGAUUAGCGAUGGUGAUGACCUUUAACCAUUUUACGCGCACACAUCCAGAGACAACCCGACAAUACAGAACAUUUAAUUGAAUCAAAUUUGAGAAAAACUGGAACAUCUCAGUAGAAUCCAAAGAAAGUUCUGAAGCAAAUGGUUCACUUAAGGAGCCACGAUUCGACACACUUUCAUUUGCUUCAGAACUUUCUUUGGACUGUGAAUUAAAGUUUGAACGUCUCAGGUCCUUCUCUGAGAGCUCUGACCUCCAUGGCGGAGCAGCUGACGCACAAGAGGAGUUCUGGGUUAUUAUGUGCUGGUUUUACAAAGACAGGUUAGCUCCACUUCCUUGCGUUCUGUGUUUGUGCUAAGCUAUGCUAAGCUAAGCUAACCACAUGCUAACUUAUAUUUAACAGACAGGAGAGUGAUGUCGAUAUCAUGCGGGGUCUCCGUCAUGAAGAGGGAAAAACGUCUAACUGUUCGUCUUACGAGAGAAAAAUUUCGAAAUGGAGUCUUAGCGUUUGUUUCAUUUUUUGGCCUUGUACACAAACUCAUAUCACACCGUUCUGUCACUCUAUGAAUCCUCUCUGUAGCUUUAAACACACCUUCAGGAUCCUGCUGCUUCCACUCACACAGCCAUCAGCGCAUCGUCUCGGCAGCUUGUGGAUGCAGCUACAGAUUCUUUUAUCCUUUUUAGUCGUUAAAGACGUUAACAUUUCAACAACAAAGGCCGGACUCUUGACAUGAAACUCCAAGAGGUCCAGUACUGAUUGUCUCGCAAGCUGCCUGAAGAUUUCUCCUACUUUACAUCAGCCGUCAAGAUAAUAUGAGCUGUAAUAGUCAAUCCCAGAGUUAGCUCCUCCCCCCUCUCUUUCCUCCUCCUCAUUGGCUGCCUACAAUCUACGCAGGCUGUAGUAACGGAGGUAACUUAUUCAGUUUUGUAACACACAGACUUUUUACUAAUUUUCAAAUAAAGAGGCUUUGAUACCACAGCA